GAUCUAGGGUUUCAUAUCAGCGUGGGGUAGGAGCAGCAUAGUGUGGUUCUAGGGUUUAGAAAGCUGCAAAAAUGGCGGACAAAGCAAACAGAGGAAGAAAGGAGGAAGUCGUCACCAGGGAGUACACCAUCAACCUCCAUAAACGCUUGCAUGGAUGCACAUUCAAGAAGAAGGCUCCAAACGCCAUAAAGGAGAUUAGGAAAUUUGCCAAAAAGGCUAUGGGGACAACUGAUGUUAGAGUUGAUGUGAAGCUGAACAAGCACAUAUGGAGUCGUGGAAUUCGGAGUGUGCCUAGAAGAAUUCGUGUCCGCAUUGCACGAAAGAGAAAUGACGAAGAAGAUGCUAAGGAGGAGCUUUACUCACUAGUCACUGUUGCUGAGAUACCAGCGGAGGGACUGAAGGGGUUGGGCACCAAAAUCAUUGAUGAAGAAGAGUGAAGUAUCUAUGUUGCGAGAUCCUAGGUAACUCCAAUUUUGUGCUGUAUCUUUUUUUUUUUUUUGGUUUUUUUCAUAAUCUAGAGAUAUUUUGGUUUGGUUUAGGCUCUCUUGCCAAUCCAUCCAUCAUAGAUAAAUUUUACCUUAAAGAUUGUUUGUGGUUUAUGAAUCAGUCUGGUGGACAUCUGUGUUCCAAUUUAUAAUGCUCAAGUUGUCCUGAAAACUUCUGUUUGCAGGUAGAGCCUCAAAAGCUUAAGUUGGCCGACCUGUUUUAAAUUGAAUUAUUUGCAGUUGGAAUAUUGAAAGAUAGCCAGAAAACCCUCUGUAUGGAGCGCAUUUUAGGACUAUUUAUUAAAUAAAAGGCCCCUAAUUUAUUCUCA